AUGGCGGGCAAAUACUCCUCAGAUCCCGAAUGGGCAAACAUCCAGCCCAUCCCCCUAAACGACGGCUCGGACUCGGGGGCUCUCCCUCUGGCAACCAUUGCCUACGCGGCUGAUUAUCUCGAGGCCAUGUCGUAUCUGCGUGCGGUGAUGGCUGCCAAUGAGAUGUCGGACCGGGCGUUGAAGUUGACCGAGGAUAUCAUCUCGCUGAACCCGGCGCAUUAUACAGUAUGGAUCUACCGGGCAAAGAUCCUCUUCGCUCUGGAGAAAGAUCUACUCGAGGAACUUGAGUGGUUGAACGGUGUGUCCUUGACAUACCUAAAGAACUACCAGAUUUGGCACCACCGCCAAGUCCUCAUGUCCAGCACAACCCACUUCCCCACCCUACCCCCCAAAGAACCCUCCUUCCUAAUGGAAAUGUUCGCCCAAGACUCCAAAAACUACCACGUCUGGACCUACCGCCACUGGCUCGUCCGUCACUUCAAACUCUGGGACCACCCCGUCGAACUCGCAGACGUCGAGUCCCUCAUCGACGCCGACGUCCGCAACAACUCCGCCUGGAACCACCGCUUCAUGCUGCGCUUCGGGCCCCGCGAUGACCAGUUUGCCGCGGGGAUGCCGAAUGGCGAUGCGCCGGGUCUCGAGAAGGGGAGGAUGGCGGUUGUCGAUGAGGAUGUUGUGGAUGGGGAGUUGGGGUAUGCGAAGGCGAAGAUUGUGCGAGCGCCGGAGAAUCGGAGCCCGUGGGCUUAUGCGCGGGGUGUGUUGAGGGCGGCGGAUCGGGGGUUGGAGGAGUGGAGGGAGUUUGCGGGGAAGUUUGUGAUUGUGAAGGAGGAUGGGGAGGUGGUCGUUAAGAGUACGCAUGCGCUAGAGUGGUUGGCGGAUGUGUAUGCGCGGGAGAGUAAGGAGGAGGCGGUUCGGAUGCUUACGCUUUUGAAGGAGAAGUAUGACCCGAUUAGGACGAAUUAUUGGGAUUAUCGGAUUCAGAUGAUCUCUUCUGCGGCUUGA